CUCUGGUCCGCGCGCGGAGAGAUCAGCAGCGAGCGGUGCGCGGAUGCUGGAAGUUCACAUCCCGUCGGUGGGGCCCGAGGCCGAGGGGACCCGGCAGAGCCCCGAGAAAGUCCACAUGGUGUUCCGAGUGGAGGUGCUGUGUCGCGGGCGCAGACACACCGUGCAGAGGCGCUACAGCGAGUUCCAAGCGCUGCACAAGCGGAUCAAGAAACUGUACAAAGUGCCUGACUUCCCCUCGAAACGCCUGCCCAACUGGAGGACCAGAGGAUUGGAGCAGCGGCGGCAAGGCUUGGAGGCCUAUAUCCAGGGCAUCCUAUACUUGAACCAGGAUGUGCCCAAGGAACUACUGGAAUUCCUGAGCCUUCGGCAACUGCCCACAGACUCCAAGGCCAGCAGCUGGAACCCGCAGCUGUACCAUCGGCCUGUCAUCAGCUUCCGCAUGGACCCUUAUAUUUGCAUCCCACCCCCAGAGCCUCUGCCCAACAUGGUGGUGAAUGGCGUGCUCCAGGGCUUCUAUGGCUUCAGCGCCAGCGCAGCUAAAGCCCAGCCAGAAGUUGCCUGUCUUCCUGCUCCAGGGCCGCCGAUGCCCUGA